AUAUGUGACCUUUCAAUAAAACACCAUCAGAAGAGGAAGCGCAAUUUAUGAACACGCUUGAACUUUCUUCACUUGGGAGCUGCCGCAGCUUCUGUAACAGCUUUAGAGAACCUGUUUGCCUCGUGGAGACGAUGGAGAGGAGCGCGGGGACAGUUUCAUCUAUUCAAGCUUCGGGGUACCCGGGCCGCUCCUGCCGCGCGCGCUGUGACUGUGACGAGCUUCCUUGUCCGCUGCUCACCUGGCUGACCGCGGAGCUGACGGCUCUGUGUCCCGAGCUGCGAGACUCCAGCAGGACCGGUGACGUCCUGCUGGUGGGGGAGUUGAGAACUUUACUGUCAAACAUGUCGUCUCCCCUCGCGGCGUUGACCUCGGAGGUGCUGGGGCCGUCCGUCCUCAACAAAGUCACAGAGUUCCUUCUAUCCGAAUUGCAAGCGGCUCGAAUAGUAAAGCGUAAGGAAUUGCAUCCCGAGGAGAAAAGCACAGCCGGUGAGUCCGAAAAAGAGCAGCGAGCUCCCGAACGCAGCCGUGAACUCGCUAAGUUUGGUGAGGAAUAUGAAUAUGAAGACGACGAAGACAAAGACCGAAGGACGGCGGAGAUGCAGGCAGAAUGGAUAUUACUGCUGCACGCCCUUGACAUGGAUGCCUCCGCUCAGUUUCCGGAUGUGUUGAGUGAGGUGGAGUCGAGGCUCACUCGUCUCCCGUGUGGAGACGUGGCAAAGCCGCUCCUCAGCGCCAGCCUCAGCUCACAGCAGUGGGCGCAGGUUAAAAAAAUCAACACGGUUCUUCUAGAGGACUACGACUGUCGGCGACAAAUGAUGAUCAAGCGUUUUCAGGUCACACUGGAGUCAUUCGCAUGGGGAGAGAAACAAAAGGAGCGCAGUGUAGCUCUGGCCACAGUGCCUCCUCUUUCCUCCCUCUCCUGCUCAUCCCUCGUCUCCUUGUCUCUGCUGAUCGCCGCCAGAGAGGAUAAGUUCCUCGUCGAGCCGACCAAGGCUGCAACAAGCACCCCCGUCUACAAGACGUUGAUGGGCGGCGUACCGGACAGAGGUGGACGACCAGGAGAAAUUGAGCCUCCAAUGCCAAUGUGGACGGAUCGGAAAGCGAAAGGAAACCGGGCAGGACGAGGAGGGGGUGGACAACAUCAAAAACAUAGAUUUUCCGAUAAAAAGAAGCGUGGGAAAAACGAUUAACAUGUCUUUCUCUCGCUGUUUAAUUUGAGAAAUUAUUGACCAUUUUUCUUUAUUUUUUAAUUCUUGUUAUGUAUGCGUGGUGAACUGCUACAUAGGAUAUGAUUCUAUGGUUAUAGAGGAGGGCAAAAUUCUUGCUUAUUGUACUUUUCUUAUGGCUUGUCAUUUCUAUAAUGUUAUAAUACCCGAUAUUUUUGUUGAGAAAAUCCAUAUUUGAAUACAUUUUGUAUGUGUUAGCUUGGCACAUUUAUAUGCAGUUUUGUUUGCUAAAUAAUAAAAUGAUUCUCUGAUAUGUAUGUUUCCAUGUUGGUAAUGCUAUUAUGCAUAAGACGCCCUAAUAAUUACUAACGUUAAUUACUUUGUAACAUCUGGGCUGUAGCUCACAUUUUUAGCAAGAAGAAACUUACACUGAUGUAAAUUCUAUUCUAUGUAUUUUUUUUAUUAACUAUUUUACAGGUUACCCCGGGAAUCAGAAAUCUGGAAACAUUUCUUGCCAAAAUAUGUCAAACAUACAAGGAAUUUGUCUUGGCGGUUGGUGCCGGAGAAAAUAUUAGCUUUAUAGUAAUGAUUAGCAGAAUUUGUCUGAACAAUGUAGUUUCAUAAAAUUGUGGGAGCUAAACGAG